AUGAUUGAAGAAGUUGUUAAGUCCGGAGAACUUGCUCAUUUGGUAAAAGGAGUAAGGGACAAAAUGGCUGAAGGAAAAGGUAAGGAAGUCAAUAUAGUGGAUUUUGAUGGAAGGGUUCCACACAAGAGGCAACGGUUGGAAGCUUGUGAGCUUCAGUGUGUUUGCUUUUCCUCAACAGAGAAAGACUCUCUUUCAAACCCUCUUGUGGUAGAAGCAACUGUGGGAACAUUACAAACAAGCAGGGCAUACAUAGACCUUGGGGCAGCUACUGAAAUCAUGUUUGAGAAUGAAGGUCAGAAGGAAAGAAUCCAACCACUCACCUUUAUGGUUAUCAACAUACCUUCAAACUAUGAUGUGAUCAUUGGAAGGCCAGGGCAGUGUGCAUUCUACAUGGCCGUGUCUGUUGGCCAUGGCACAGUCAAAUUUCCCACCGAAAGAGGGAUAACAACCCUCCAACCUUCUCAAGAAGCCUACCUGGUUGAGGGUAAAAGUUCCAAAAGUGAAGAAGACAAGCAAAGGCUGGGUUGCACCGAUAAGAAAGACUUCAAAUGGACUGAAGAGGCUGAAGAAGCCUUUAACCAAAUGAAGCAACACCUAGCUUCCCUACCUGAUAUGGCGGCUCCAGAAACAGGAGAACUGAUCUCAGUCUAUCUCUCAGUUGCUGAAGAAGUAAUAAGCGUGGUCCUCACCAUUGACAGAGAUAAGACCCAGGUACCCGUUUAUUUCUUCAGCAAAACCCUAAAAUUGGCUGAAACCAAAUACCCUCCUUUGGAAAAAAUGGCCCUAGCUUUAGUUCAAACGGCUAGAAGGCUUCGAAGAAAAGCCAUCAAAGCCCAAGUCUUGGCUGAUUUCAUUAUAGAAGUCCUCAAGCAAACCAUCACUAAAGUGAACACAGCUGCUACCAAACCUUCAAACCUUGAAGCCUGGAAGCUCUUUACCGAUGGGGCUUCAAGCAUUGAAGGGUUGGGGGCCGGGCUUAUUCUGGUCAACCCAGAAGGGUUAGAAUUCACAUACGCUCUUCGCUUUGAUUUUCAGACAACCAACAACAAAGCCGAAUACGAAGCACUGAUAGCCGGCUUAAGACUGGCUAAAGAAAUGAAGGUCCAGAAGCUUGAAGUGUUCACAGAUUCGUUGCUGGUAUCGAGCCAAGUGAAUGAUAGCUACAUUGCAAAAGAGCCCAACAUGAAAAUGUACAAAGAAAAAUCCAAAGAAUUGAUGAACACCUUCCAAAUGUGUACAAUCAAACAGAUUCCAAGGUCCCAAAACAAGAAGGCUGAUGCCUUAAGCAAGCUCGCAUCUCUCAUUUUUGCACACCUUACAAAGAAGGUGUUGGUAGAAGCAUUAAAAGCUCCAUCAAUUGAUGAGUUGGAAGUUCAAGACGUAGUCACUGAUGAAGAUCCAAAUUGGAUGACUCCAAUCAAGAAGUUCCUUAAAAAUGGUGAAUUGCCUAAUGACCAAACAGAAGCUGAAAGGGUUAAGAUCAAGGCAAGGCAGUACGUUUUGCAAGGCGAGACUCUAUACAAAAAGGGUUACCUAGCACCCUUGCUAAGAUGUGUUGGUCCUGAGCAAAGUCAGUAUUUGGUCAAAGAGGUUCAUGAAGGUAUAUGUGGAGCCCAUUUUGGAGCUAGAUCGGUGGUUGCCAAACUUAUGAACCUCGGGUAUUUUGGGCCCUCAAUGCACCGAGAUGCCACUGAGCAGCUAAGGAAGUGUGACGCCUGCCAAAUUCAUGCACCUGUCCCAAAAAAUCCCAAACAUGAUCUUGUCCCAAUAACCUCAGCAUGGCCCUUCCACAAAUGGGGCAUGGACAUUGUUGGUCCAUUCCCCCCAAGCAAAGGUGGAGUAAAAUUCUUGUUGGUGGCCAUAGAUUAUUUUACCAAGUGGCCUGAGGUUAAACCACUUGUAAAAAUCACAGGCAAGCAAAUCAUUGACUUCGUUUGGGAAAGCAUCAUUUGCCGUUAUGGAUUGCCGGGAGUUCUUGUCACCGACAAUGGAAAGCAAUUUGCUGAGAAGCCUUUCAGCAUUUGGUGCAAAGAAUACAGGAUCAAUCAGGUUUUCAGCUCAGUCGCAUACCCGCAAUCGAAUGGUCAAGUAGAAAGAACGAAUCGAAGCAUAGUGGAAGGAAUCAAGACCAGGUUGGGAAGAUAUGAAAGCAACUGGCUUGAAGAAUUGCCAAGUGUCCUAUGGGCCAUAAGAACAACCGAAAAAACAAGCCACAAAAGAACACCCUAUAGCUUGGUAUUUGGGUCUGAAGCUGUAGCCAAAAAGCUUAAAAGCUUAAAACCAACAAAGCUGCCUUAA